CUACUUAAAUUAUAAAGAUUUGUUACAGUUUUUGUUAAGAAUGAAUGCAGAAGGUACGCUAAUUCACAAUAGUCAUUCUCAAUACAUUGAUCGAAUCAGCCGUUCAUAUAUCACUAGAUUCUGCAAUGGGUGCUCUCUCGGCCUUGCAUAUUUCGGUAUAGGAUUUUCGUCAUCGUCAUCAUUUUGUGUCAUCGUGCAGUCUUGCAAGAGCAAGAGAACCCCCCUAUUAUGUAUUUGUUAUAGCAGAAACAGCCAAAACCGUAGAAUCGUGGCCCGUGUAAGCUGAUACGAUCUCGAUAUACUGUAGCAAUUAUAAAAGUUGUAGAAAAGCGCACUUAAUAAUGGAAAAAGGUUUUAAGGCUUUAUUUAAGCGAGUUACAUUAAAAAGGAAAACGUGUUCUUAAUAAGUAACUAUAUAAACGCGGUUGGUUUCGCAAACGGGAUGGCGGCGGAUAGAGUUGACCGAUCGCUGAUAAUGUCGUAGAACGAACUGAACUGCAUUGGAUAAUCGGACCUUCUUUAUCCCCGUUGGUGCUGAAUAGGAUGGUGUGACUUGAUGUACAUGUGUAUAGGUGUGGGUGUCGGUGUAUGCUGCUCUCGUGUAGAAUGUGGGUUGUAAGUGUGGUGUGGUGUGGUGAAGUUUGCGUGUUAGUGAUGUAAGUUUGAGUCGAUGAUGUGAUAAUGUGGUGUGUGUGUUGAGGUCGGGGGAGGAUGCUCAUUUGUACAUCCUGGCCCCCCUAGGCGAGUAUCUAGCCUAGUAGCCUCUGAAGCCGUGGCUACGACGUUGCUGAGGCCUGUGGAACGGCGCGAUUGCGGCCUUGGCUGGCGCCUCCGGUUCGGUGUAGGGUUGCGGUGACGCCAGGAACGUGAGUCCUCCGUCGGGUAUGCCGGCCUGCGUGGUUGCGAUCGCUUGGGUCUUCUUAUUGCAUUACGGCUGCGAUGAGCAUCAUGACGCCCGCCAUCGAGUACGCCGGUGCGGUGUAGCAGAGUAUGGUGGUGACGCAUGCAUACUUGGCACUGGUAGCCCGUUGUGCACUCUUGCGUAAGAUGGGUGGGCGCCAGACAAUUCAGGCAAUGUCCAUGUGCCUGAGCGACCUGCUAGCGUGGAGAAUUUUAAUUCUUUCCCAACGAUUUAAUAAGGAAAGCGACUCCACGCCUGGCUCAGGUGUGGCCAGAAUGGGCGCUCCUUUAAGAAAAUGCCCUGGUGUGAGGGCAGUAAAGUCUGAGGGAUCUUGCGAGAGGGCAGCGCGAGGCCGUGUAUUUAGAACGGCUUCAAUUCUUAUUAAGAAAGUCGUGAAUUCUUCGAAAUUAAAUUUGCGGUUGCCGGCUAUCUUUUUAAAAUGAGAUUUGAAGCUUUUUAUGGCAGAUUCCCAUAAGCCACCCAUAUGUGGAGCGCUUGGGGGGAUAAACUGCCAUUGAUACUUUGGGGAGCGUACUUUUGGACAAUGUGCGGUGAGACUUGUUUUGUGAAGUCCACAAACUGUUUUUCAGUAGCUCUUUGAGCUCCGAUAAAUGUUUUACCAUUGUCGCUCAUGAUUUUUGAUGGAAAGCCUCGUCGUCCGACGAAACGAGGAAAAGCCGCAAGAAAAGCCUCCGUCGUCAGAUUCGUACAUAGCUCAAGGUGUACUGCUUUUGUCGUGAAACAGACAAAAACAGCCACGUAGCCUUUCAUGAGGGUAGGAGACCUUAACAUGGAUGCCUUUAUCAUAAAAGGCCCAGCAAAAUCUACACCUGUGGUGGUGAAAGGCAGAGCAAUAUUGCAGCGUUCAGGUGGAAGUGCUGCCAUAAUCUGCUAUCGCAUUUUCUGCUUAUGCAUAGUGCAGAUUUUGCACAUGAAAAUGCACUUUUUUAUUUAGGGCUUCAGUCAGGGUAUGUGCAGCUCUUGGCGGACCAUAUGUUGCAUGAGGCGAUGUUCGGCAUGGCGCAUUAGUGUGUAUCUAAUAAAUAACGUGGCAAACUCUCUCUGGUAUGAUUAUAGGGUGGCGUUCAUUAUACGUUAGGCUUGAAUUAGCAAGCCGACCAUUCGCACGAAGUAAGCCCUUCGACCUCUGCGAAUGGUAGGCACCUUGCCGUGGUGCAGGGGCUUAGGCGCAAGGCAUUCUCGGCACCCCCCAAUCUGCGUGGUUGGUGCUGAUAGGCACCGCCCAGGCGGGAUGUCGGGUGCCGCAUGCGUGCGCUAACCAAGAGCUACCACCUCCUAAUCCAGGGUGUCAUGCGACCCGUGCCCAUUGGAUGGUUUGCAGCCAGGAGGUAAAUCUGGCUGUAUUAUAACGGAGCCUCCCCAACACCGGGCCGAAUUGGGGUGUAACUGUGGCCUUACCGCGUCAAGGGGCUCUGGCGUGGCUGACCUUCCCAGUCCCCAUUUAAAUAUUAGACCUGACGGCUCACCCUGUUUGAGCCUAGGGUCGGAAGACACAGAUGGAAACAAACAAAACAAACAACAACAACAACAAUAACAAGGAUUUAAGGCAACAAAAACGGAGAACGGACACGGACAACGAGAAGGAAACUGAUGCAGCGCUAGGCAAAUCCGGUCGAGGAGCCAGACGGAAGGUGAACUUCAUGGAUAUUCUCUCGCCGGACGAACGGGAGCUAUUUGUGGAGCAUGCCAAGGAGGAUAGCGACGACACGCCCUCAUGCAGUUGUGCUCACCUGGCAAAAAGGCCUGCGGCCGCAGCAGCAGCCACGAGCACCGCCAAGACCCCCACCGUAAGGCGGAGCGGGUCGGACUCGGAAGAGUCACAUCGGGCAGAGCCUGAUGGUGCGCGCAGAAGGAGAAGGAGGCGCAGAAGAGGUGGGCAACGCCCUCUCCCAGAAGCUGGUAAGCCCGGAGGGUGCGAUGACCCAAAAAGGAGGGGUAUGAGCGGCGCCAUUAUGAGGUGGUACCUACGGUACCUGCGAGAGGGGAAGACUCCUGAAGCGGCGGAAGCUAUGGCCAGAAGCAGAGGCAAAGGGAGUAGCGCACCCCCAGCAAAGGAGCGUGUCAACACCGGGUCAGCUCGCGCGGAAGGCAGCGGUACCAGUAACCGUCCGGUUGGUGCCACACUGACCGCACGGCGUGGUGAUGGUAGGGCAAUGCCCUCUGAAACGUAUGCCCAAACAGCGAAGCGGAGUAGUGGCCAAAUCACGCCGCAGGAGCCCCCCAGCUCCAAAAGGUCUAGGGGCAACGGAAACAAGGAAACCGGUAGUCAACAAUCAGAACCGGCUCCCCACCGGGUGGAGGAGGGGCGGCGCAGGUAUGCGGACGCCGUUAAAGGCUUGCGCAUGGCUGUGCUGCCUCAGAACUACCCGGCGGAGGCGCUGAAGCCGGAGGAGCUUACCGAACUCCAGAACCUCCUCCUGGACGAGGUCUUCAGAGGAGAGAACUUCGCGGCGUCCUUCUUGGGGGUGGAGUUCAAAGGAGGCAUGCUGCAGGUGGAGUGUAAAAACGAGAGGUCUGCCAACUGGCUGCGGGAGUUUGCACCAAAGCUGGGAGGCUGGAAAGGCCCUGCCCUAUGCGCGAGGAGGGCGGAGGACUUGCCCGUCAUGCAUAGCAUGACAAUGUUCCUCCCCAGAAGUGAUGACAAACCCUAUGAGUACGCGCUAGGUCUGGUGAAAAACCAGAACUUGGGGCUUAGCAUCUCAUCCUGGCGCGUUGCGAGCAGCAAGAUGGAAGAAAUAGGUGGAAUGAAGGGAUGGAGGCUGAACUUGUACAUUGACGACGAGUCGUACAAGUACGUCCGGGCAGAAGGCUUCCGCCUGUAUUACAGGUUUAGCACGGUGAUUAUGCGGCCCCACAGGUCCGCAGCCACCGGGAGCAAGGGAGCAGCAAUGCCCGCGAAGCAGGAAGGAGAGAGCAUCGAAAAGCAGGCCGCGUCCUUGGCGGCCCCGGAAGCAGUGCCGAUGCAGGUGGAUGAGGUGGCGGAUCAGCCCCGCGAAAGUGGGACUGAGAGGGCAGUGCCAGCAACGACCACCGACGUCCCUGUAGAGGACCACUGCGACCAGGGAGCACAGCUCCCCUCAACACAGGAACUCCUAGACGGGCUAGGUGACCCAUUGGAUGGUGGCGAUAUAGACGGCGGGGAAGAGGGAGUACCCUUCCUCGAACCGGUUUUAUGAUGGCCGUCCAUAUGGAGAUUGCCCAGGUGAACCUGCACCACGCGGCGGCAGCUUCAGCUGUAAUAACGAGCAGGUUCACGGCAGAAAAGCUGAGCAUACUGCUGGUCCAAGAACCGUGGACCCGCAAAGGAGAGGUUAAAGGCCUCAAAACGGAGUCAAAUAAGAGUUCCUGACGCAGGAUCUGGUGGCGGUGCAAGCCAGAGACUUUGAGGGCAAAGACUUCGUCCUGGCUUCAGCCUACUUUCCAGGGGAAGCAUCCACGGCACCCCCAGAGGUGGUGGAACGGCUCGUGGAUCACUGUAGCAGACAUGGGCUUCCCCUGAUUAUGGGCUGUGACGCAAACGCCCACCAUCUGGAAUGGGGCAGCACCAACUGCAACGCAAGAGGUGAGUCUCUUUUAGAAUACAUAGUAGGUAGUAACUUAGUAAUAGAAAAUGUUGGGUGUGAACCCACAUUUAUAACUAUAAGGAGGAGGGAGGUGCUGGACAUCACCCUGAGUAAUGGGCCUGCAAGGGGACUGGUCUCGGGAUGGAGAGUCUCGACGGAGCCCUCCAUGUCGGACCACCGUAUUGUAAGGUUCUUGCUGGGGGUAGAGGUCAGGCCCCUCCCACCUAGGCGCAAUCCCCGGAGGGCGAAUUGGGACGCCUUCAGGGAUAUACUAAGUGAGGAGUUAGGCAGGGGGGAGCAGGCAGAUAGUGGCACUUCCAGCCUGGGUCUGGAGAUUAGGCUUUCAGAGUUGAACGGGUCUCUGAUUAAAGCCUAUCAUGGCAGUUGCCCCCUGAAAGUGUCCGGGGACAGACGUAACUGCCCCUGGUGGUCCAGGAAACUAGCAGACCUCCGGAAAAAAGUGCGCAGCUUGUUCAACAAGGCGAAGCGCACGGGGGUCUGGGCUGAAUAUAGGAGCUAUCUCACUUUAUACAACAAGGAGAUAAGGUCUGCAAAGCAGACCAGCUUCAGGAGAUUCUGCGAGAAUGUCACCACUACGCCAGAAGCUGCUAGGCUGCAUAAAGCUCUGGCAAGGGGCACAAACGACGUAGAAAUAGCAAUCAAAAGGAACGAUGGGACGUUCACGACCAAUGCAGAGGACAGAGCCACGGAGCUUCUGCGGGCGCACUUCCCGGAGACAGUUCGGGAGGACCAGUGUCCUCCCAUGACCGAACAGAGGCCAUCCCGUGAGGAUUGGAGUAUCGCCAGACGGCUGUUUACGGCGGACUCAAUCAAAUGGGCAAUGGCCUCGUUUGAGAGAUUCAAGUCUCCGGGGGUGGAUGGCAUCUUUCCGGCGCUGUUACAACAGGGGGAGCAAUUCCUAUUGCCCCACCUGCUGCGGCUGUUGAGAGAAAGCCUCGCUUUGGCGUACAUCCCCGAGAUAUGGAGGACAGCGAAGGUGAUCUUCAUACCCAAGGUAGGUAGGAAAGACUACUCAUUGGCAAAAUCUUACAGGCCAAUCAGCCUAACAUCUUUCCUACUGAAAACCAUGGAGAAGAUCGUGGACCAGGAAAUAAGGAUGAAUGCGCUGAGGAGAGCACCGCUGCAUCCGGCUCAACAUGCCUACAGAGCGGGCAGAUCAACGAGCACUGCCCUGUACCAGCUGACCACUGAGAUAGAGAGCUCACUAGAGCAUGGGGAAGUGAUGCUUUGCGCGUUCUUGGAUAUCGAAGGUGCCUUUGACAAUACGUCUCACAAGAGUGUAGCCAGGGCUCUGGAGAAGAGGAAUGUGGCACCACCGGUGCGCAGAUGGAUACAAGCCGUACUGCGCUCCAGGGUUGCGGAGACCACAGUAGGCGAUAGAAGGAUACGUCUCGGCACAACUAGAGGUUGCCCACAGGGAGGUGUGUUAUCCCCCCUACUAUGGAGCCUAGUUGUGGACGACCUGUUAGCACUGCUAACGGACAAUGGGAUCCGCUGCCAGGGGUAUGCGGACGACAUUGUGAUCAUGGCCAAAGGCAAA